GCUCGCGUCCUCUCCGGUCCCUGCCCUGGGGUUCGCGGUUUACUCCUAGACGUGGCGGUCCUGUUGUCACCCAGGUGCUAGCUCCCUGGAAACACCUGCCCCGCUCGCUGGGUGUUUGCUGGGGGGACACACCUUAUGCCCUGACGUACUCCCGGGCCCCCCGGGUCCUCUGCCCGCUUUGGCCCAGUUGAACGAGGUGGAGGCCAGUGCCGGGAAGGCCGCUGUGGGUGGGUGAGCUUUCGCCCACCUGCACGGGUCUCGCUGGCUCUGGGUGCUCACCUGUGUGGCGGGUUCUCUGCGCCGUCGGGUUACCUGCUCCCACCUUCCUGGUCGACAGCCUCGUGGUCUCCCUCUGGGUGAAUUCCCAUAUUAAGUGGGGAUGGGGGCUUAUUCUGCCCCCCAAUAGGAGCCUAUCCAUCUGUCAGCAGAGUGCACCCGGACGCCUGCAGCGGUAACCAUGUGUGGUGGACUUUCCCAGGGGCUGGACUCUGAAACGGGCCUUCUAGAAACCCGUGAAGUCUGCUGUGUGGUGGGCCCUGGGCCCCUCCCGGGCUGCCUGCCCGCUCUGGCUGGCUCCCAGGUGAAGAGACUGCCUGCCUCCCGGCGGAAGCAGCACUUCAUCAACCAGGCGGUGCGGAACUCAGACCUGGUGCCCAGGGCCAAGGGGCGCAAGAGCCGACAGCGCCUGCAGAACACCCAGCACCUCUUGACUCUGCUGGAGACGCAUGGGGACCCGCCUGGCCUGGAGGAUGGGGACCUGACGCCCUCUGCAGCGCCGGGCAUCUUCGCAGAGGCCUGCAGCAACUCGACCUACGUGGAGGUCUGGAAUGACUUCAUGAACCGCUCCGGGGAGGAGCAGGAGCGGGUGCUCCGCUACCUGGAGGACGAGGGCCACAGCAGGGCCCGGAGGAGAGGGCCUGCCCGCGGGGAGGACCGGCGGAGAGAGGACCCUGCCUACACACCCCGGGAGUGCUUCCAGCGCAUCAGCCGGCGCCUGAGAGCCGUCCUCAAGCGGAGCCGCAUCCCCAUGGAAACACUGGAAACCUGGGAAGAGCGACUGCUGGGAUUCUUCUCUGUGUCCCCCCAGGCCGUGUACACAGCCAUGCUGGACAACAGCUUCGAGAGGCUGCUGCUCCACGCUGUCUGCCAGUACAUGGACCUCAUCUCGGCCAGUGCGGAUCUGGAGGGCCGGCGACAGAUGAAGGUCAGCAACCGGCACCUACAGUUCCUGCCUCCCGGCCUGCUUCUGUCUGCCUACCUGGAGCAGCACAGCUGAUGGAGGCCACCCAGUGCCCACCUGCCACCUUGCCCAGCGCCAAGACAUUGUGCCAUCUGCUAAAAUGCCUACCAUGUUUUUAGAAUUUGUCCUUAACAACCGCUGUCCCCUGGGGUGGCUCUCUCACCUUUGCCCUGACCGUCUUCUCUUAUUCAGAUGAACACCGGGGCUUGAGCUGCCCAAACUGUCCCAACCCUGCAGUGCCCCACCCCAGACUUGUAUUUGGGUAGGGAGUUCUGACCUGGGUACUUCCAUGUUUCUUUGGUUAUUAGCUUUCUUGGCCCAGUUUAAAGCUCAGAUGAGGUAGGAGAGGCUGGGUUUUUAUUACUUUUUAUGAAUUUGGCAUGAUUUGUUGUAGAUUUUUAAAUUUCCUUUUUGAAGAAAAAAACAAAAACACUUGUCCCACCUGGUAAAUAGUGGGCUUGGUCACAGCCUUUGCUUGACUUUUCCUAGUUUUUAGCUCUUUGGUGGGGGGUGGGGGUGGGGGUGGCUCUCUGCCCGUCACCCCAGGAGCAUUUUCUCUGUGUGUGUGUGUGUGUGUGUGUGUGUGUGAGAGUGUGCGCACGCAUGUUUGGGCCCUGCACCCCAGGACACCGCUGCAUCUCAAGGGCUGGUUUUAUGCUUCCUGAUAUGUCUGUGUCCUGUCCCGUCCCGCCCUCCCCUUUAUACUAGGGAUCCAGGACUUCCAGCCAGAAGCCGCUGUCCUCAGCUACCCCGUCCCUCUGUGACCCAGCAUCCUCUGCCCUAGCCUGGCUCUGGCCCAGGGGUCCAGAGUAUCCUCAUGCUGGUGGGCCCUGCCCUCCUGUGUGCCUGUGCGUGGCUGGUUGUGCUUGGAGGACAGGGGAGUGUUUAAUAAAUUUCUGGUGCUCUGGC